GUCCCCGCGUUGUUAUUGAAGAAUAUGCAAAAGUGAGGUUUCCAAAAUCGUGAAAAACACAUGAAACGAUUAGGUAUAGUGUGGUUUGUUGCCUCAGGCACGACCACAAUGGCCUGAGCUUGCUGAGGUAAGGUACAUAAUUACCUGUCGCACGUGAUGUGCUAAAAUGGUUGGGAGUGAGGUGCUGUUGUUCCAGCAGCGAAGUUGUUGUAUUGUGUAAGUUGUGUAAGUUGUGUGUUCUAGCUGAAUGCCUGGUCCCCCGGCCCUACAGAUAUACGAGAGUCACGGUAAGAUUAUUAAUGCAGUUUGUAGCCUUGGACUCCUAGAGCUCAUGCCUUGGCCUGCGAUAUUACCAUACUGUAUCAGGAUAGUGGGGCACGUGCGCGGAACUUUCGAGAUUCGACUCUCUGGCAUCUUUCUCGUCGUCUCACCUCCCUCUGAUCUCCGUCUCUGGAAACGUCAACCGUGGACUUUACUGCUCGUCUGCUAUCUUCCCCUUCGGCCGUCACGCCUCCUCCUUGUCCUCCUCUACCCCCAAUUCCUGUUCAUACCAUUCCCGUCCUCGAAUCUAGCCUGCAGCCCUCCUUGCCCGCUACUCGUACUUGGAUUUCUUCUACUCUCGGAUCAUAUCUCUGCCAACUUUCUGUCACUUGCCGAGCUCGCUUUAUUUCCCCAUCAGAACCUGAUUUCCACUGUGACUUGCCUCGACGUACCGAGUCGUUGCGAAAGAAUGGAAUAGCCAUCCCUCAGCGAAUACUGCCACCUUCGAUUUCCCCGAACUGCCUUAUAUAGCACGGUCUU